AACCAAGAUAUGUAUAUUUAUUUAGAAUCAGAUUCAAUAAAAAAACAAAAAGGUACGCGAUUGUUCAAACGACUAGCUCAAUACCAAACUGAUAUUGAGUGGAGCGUGUGCUUAGCACACGAUCUUUGCAGCACUAGCGGUCUUUCUUACUGAUGUAAGAAUUUGGAGCUCCCCUGGGAUUCUAUGGAACAUGACGUGACUGUGGGGCUGUCACUUUGUCCACUUUUCACUUGACCAGGCAGGGUGUGUAGGCGAGGAAGAGGUGGUGGUGGUGGUAUGCGUGUGGGCAGCAGCUGGAGGUGGCAGCUCUCCCGGGCCAUGAGACUAGCGCUGCGUUGGUGCCGAUUGUGCCCUCCAAAGAGAAGCGGAGGAGUCGUCAGAAGCCCACCAAGGCCCGGCGGUGGGGUUGUGGAGCUGUGGAGAUACAGCAAGCUGCUGCUCAAAUCGCUGUACUUCAACAGCCUCAGCAACUCAGACACUUUACUUGACUGUGUGUUCGAGCCCGUGUACUGGAUCGUGGACAAUGUGACGCGCUGGUUUGGAGUGGUGAGUACUGUGUUUGUCUCUCUGGUCAUCCUGCUGACGACCUCGGUUGUGGUCAUCGUCUAUCUGUUUGUCCUACCCACAAUCCUCAGCACCUAUAUCUUGCCUUGGGUCAUCUGGCACCUCUGCUGUGGCCACUGGCUUCUCAUCAUGGUGGUCUUCCAUUACUACAAAGCCACCAGAACCUCCCCAGGACACCCACCCAAGGACAAUUUCCAUAUUCCCUCUGUGUCUCUUUGUAAGAAAUGUAUCAUUCCGAAACCAGCCAGGACGCACCACUGCAGCAUCUGCAACACGUGUGUUCUGAAGAUGGACCACCACUGCCCUUGGCUUAACAACUGCGUGGGCCAUUACAACCAUCGCUACUUCUUCUCCUUCUGCGUCUACAUGACCCUGGGCUGCAUCUACUGCAGCAUCAGCAGCAAAGACAUGUUCCUGGAGGCGUACAGUGCUGUCGAGAGUUACUAUCAGACAGCCCCCCCGCAGUUCACGUCCACAGAGACGACUGCCCACAAGAGCGUCAUCUUUCUCUGGGUGCUGACCAGCUCUGUGGCGGUGGCCCUGGGAGGGCUGACCCUGUGGCAAGCCGCGCUCAUCACCCGAGGGGAGACCAGCGUGGAGCGCCACAUCAACCGCAAGGAGACCAAAAGACUGAAGGAGCUGGGCAAGGUGUUCAGAAAUCCUUACCAUCAUGGAAAGAUGGAGAAUUGGAAGAUUCUGUUUGGUGUGGAGAAAACCAGCCACUGGUUUACACGCGUUCUCGUACCCUCGAGCCAUCUUCCCAAAGGUGACGGCAUCAUGUGGGACUGCACCUUCACCAGAAGAGACCCUAUGGCCAUCUGAUCCUCUUUACACACUACCACACCAAACACCUCACUAUCAUAUUAAUAUAUAAUUUUUAAGGUGUUGCUGGUCAGCAUUUUUCUCUUUCUCCACAUCUAGAGGUUAAUCUCUUGUUCCCUUUAUGUUGUAUGUUUAAGUUUGCAUUAUAAAAGGUUCUAGAGUGUAUGUUCCAUUAUCACAACCAUGCCCUGGAAGACUUUUUAAGUGUCUUUUUGGACGACCUUUGUGCCUAAUAGGUGACUCCGAUGGCUGUGCUCCUCAAAUAUGGCUUAUUAUUUAAAUAUCCAUUUGUUGUUUUAUUAGGAAAUGUCUUCAACAUCAGCCCAUCAACACUGAGAACAUUUGCACAAGUGGCACUUUGUAGUGAACAACUGGAUGCUGUAAGUCAUAUCGUAGUUAUAUUUGUGUUUGUUUGCUUUGGUGGUGAUAAGUCCUGGUGCCAAAUAAAAGGAAGAGCAAACAAAUGUCAAUGCCAGAGUAGAUUCAAUUCUUGCAAGAGGCAGAUGCCAUAGAAACCUGUAACUGUGAGUGAUAUCAUGCCCAACAAUAUAUGAGCAGUGCUCCGUUAAAUCACUGUCCUUUUUAAUAAAAACAAAUCUUUGAUAUGACU